AUGUCUCUUCUCACUCCACGCUUCCACCGCCAGAAUGAGCCCAACUAUUCGGGUCUCUUCCGUCUGAUCGACGACUUCGACCGACACGCCCAGGUCAGCAAUCCCGCUGGGGCGCGUCGUAGUCCCUCCACCACUCCGACCUUCAACCCCAAGUUCGACCUUAAGGAGUUCGAUGAUGCCUACGAACUCCAGGGCGAGGUUGCUGGAAUUGCAAAGGAGGACAUUCACAUUGAGUUCACGGACCCUCAGACUAUCGUCAUCAGUGGCAAGAUCGAGCGGACCCAUACUACCACGAAGCCGGAUCCUGUCAUGGUCGAUCAUUGCGAGGAUGAGAAGGUGCCUACCCCUACCUCUUUCAAAGCCACUGUCGAGGAUGAGGAGGAUGAGGAUGGAAGCACGACCACGUUCACCACUCAAACCCCCACGCCUGCAACCACUGUCGCCGAGCGUGCCAAGGCUGAGGUGCCUGUUCAGAAGAAACCCGUCAGCGGUACUCUCAUUCGAGAGUGGAUCACGGAGCGUAACGUCGGCCGAUUCACGCGCAGCUUCACAUUCCCCUCUCGUAUCGAGUGUGAGGGCACCAAGGCUGACCUUAUCGAUGGUGUGGUCUACAUCGUUGUCCCCAAGGCUAGAAAGUACGAGCCUCGCCGCAUUGCCAUCUUCUAG